AUGCAGUUUACGGUUUUCCUGUUGACGCAUUGGGCUGACCACUGUGUGUUUGUUUACGGAUUAUUAUCUGGAGUGAAAGUGAAUGGUUGCUCUCUUUCUGCUCAAAACGAUAAUUUUGCAGAUAUGUCUCAUACAAAAUUUCCGUAUUUUUUUCAUGGGCGAGUAGUGCCUGGUCAUAGACGUGGCAGCACAGAAUUGUCAAUGCCAACAGCAAACCUAGACGACGCAGCAAUUGCACGAUUACCUUCUGACUUCUUAGACGGAGUCUAUUACGGCAUUGCUGCUGUCGUAAGCGAUGGUAAACAGUAUGGUAUGUUAAUGAGUGUUGGUAAAAAUAUUCACUUUAACAUGGAGGAGAGGACAAUGGAAGUUCACCUACUUCAUCAAUAUUCGGAACAGUUUUACGGUGAAGAAGUGAAAGGAGUCGUUCUAGGUUAUUUACGACCAAUGCUAUCGUUUCCGAAUCUCAAGGAGCUGAUAGAUGCGAUUCGAAACGAUGUUGACACUGCCAAGAAUCUGUUGGUGAAAAUUGAUAUUGAAAAUUAUAAUCUAGAUCAAUGA